AUGAAAUACUUGUUACUUCUCGUUUCUCUGCUGGUGUGCACUUGGGCGUCGCCCACUCCCGACACUGAGCUCUCCAUCUUUGACGAUGAUGCCAUCCCUGUCGUGGACCAGCCCGACCUUGAGCACUUCAACUUUACGGCACCCCAGGGCCGCGACGAGGGUAUCGAGAAACGCGCCCUCAGCCUGACUUACGUCCUAUACGAUGUCAUCUUCAACGGACUGGAUAAAGGAAACCUGCAACCUUUCCGGGUCAAGGGCGAGCUCCUCGUCAUCAAGCGAAUCCCGUCUCCCGGGACGCAGAACGGCGCCAACCCCGUCGACGUGGUAAUCUCGAUUGGCAACCCAGCCGGUAACCCUAUCGCAGGGAGCAUCCGCUACGUCACCAACCGCUACCUCAACCCGUUGCUUAGUGGCAGUAAGGACGAGCUCCGCACCGACUUUGCACGAGUAUCAACUAAAUCCGGCACGGUCACCGUCUCUGUCGAUACUUCCAUCGCCGCAUUCAACCAACUUUCAGUCUUCAAUGCCAGGAGUGGCCUCUUUGCUGAUGUCUACAAUCCGGCACGCGGGGGUUUCAAGCUUGUUGUGAAGAAUGGCAAGAUCUCGGGGUGGGUUAACUUUGCGGGGAGGGGGGUCAUUUCGGGAGCAUCGGCGCCGUACAAAGCGAGAAUUGGCGGAAAGGCAAAGCAGAAGGGCAAGAUAAGCCUCUAG